CAGCUAGCCAACAUGUUCUUACGCAAAAGUCUAGUAUAUUUAAUGCUUUUCUUAGUGAUCAGCUCAGCGUCAGCUGCCCGCAAAACAAAACGUCCCGUCAAGCCGGCCAAAACAUUUCCCCGCACAAAUGUAACACCUUCACCACAACAAGCAGCCGUCAGCUCAGCAGCCCAACAGCAACAGGCCACCUCAACAACAACAACGUCUACGACUACACCAGCACCGAUCAUUAAACAGGAGAAUGUUAGUGUUGAGGAAGCUGAUCUAACAGGAAAUGUUAUGAAUGACAGUGAAUUGCCAAAACCAUUGGAUGUGGCUGUGGCCGCUGCUGCUGCCGCUAAUCAAGCGAACGGAAAUGUACAACAACCAGAGCAAUUGCAACAAGAGUCAAAGACUGAAAUGCCAUCGGAUUUUGAAGGCGGCGAUAAUGGUGCUGGUAUGAUUGAAGAGGAAUGUGAUCCGGAUAUGAUUGGUUUUGAAAUUAUAACGGGUUAUGUAUUAUCGGCGCCAUCAAAAUUGCUUGACACACUGCCUGGUACACUUAUGUUGACCGAUUGCUUAGAGGCUUGUCAGAUAAAUGAAUCAUGUACGGCUGUUAAUUAUGAAACCGGCUUAUGUGUGCUAUUCAAAACCACAGCGGAUAAAACACCAGGAUCACUUUCACGUUCACAGUACCCAGUUUUUACAAUUUACGCACAGAAAUCUUGUUUGGGUGUACGUCCUUGCUCUAAAGCCUGGUGCAUUGAUCGUGUACAAAACUAUCGUUUAGUUGAACAUGUUAAAUCCAGUCAGAAUGUGUAUUCAAGACGUGAUUGCUUGGAAUUGUGCUUGGGUGAAACUGAAUUUACAUGCAGAUCGGCCAAUUAUUAUCAUCAUUCUGGUUUGUGUGAAUUAUCUGAUAUGGAUCGUAUUACUUUGUCUGGCUCCAACAAUGUGGAACCCUACGAUGGUGCUGACUACUUGGAGAACAAUUGUGCCGAAGAGCCCAGUAAAUUGUGUGAAUUCAAGAGACUUUCGGGUAAAAUCUUAAAGACAGUCGAUUCAGUGUAUCAAGAUAUCAACUCUAUUGAAGAAUGUCGUGAAUUGUGUUUGAACUCACCAUACAGAUGUCAUUCUUAUGAUUACAACGAUACUGGUGAUAUGGUAUGCCGUUUGUCCCAUCACUCUCGCUCUACUUUAACCGAUGUCUUGGAUCCCUAUUUGGAUGUUGCAGAGGCUGCCACUUAUGAAUUGUCUUCUUGCUAUAAUGUUUCGAUUGAAUGCAAAGCGGGUGAAAUGAUUACCAAGAUUCGUACCUCCAAAUUGUUCGAUGGCAAGGUUUAUGCCAAGGGCUCACCCAAGCAUUGUGCGAUUAAUGUAAACAACUCAUUGGAAUUCGAUUUCCGCAUGGGCUACAAUGAUUUGGAAUGUAAUGUACGUCAAUCUGCCUAUGGCCGUUAUAUGAACGAUAUUGUUAUACAACAUCAUGAUAUGAUUGUGACCUCCUCCGAUUUGGGUUUGGCUGUAUCCUGCCAAUUUGAUUUGACCAACAAAACCGUUUCCAAUGAUGUUGAUUUGGGUGUUACCGGCGAAAUUGAGUCUUCGUUGAGCGAAGAAAUCAUCAUCGACUCACCCAAUGUAAUCAUGAAGAUCACUUCUCGCGAUGGCAGCGACAUGAAACGUAUUGCCGAAGUUGGUGAUCCCUUGGCCUUGAGAUUCGAGAUCAUCGAUCAAAACAGUCCCUAUGAAAUUUUCGUUCGUGAAUUGGUUGCUUUGGAUGGUACUGAUAAUGCUGAGAUUACCUUAAUUGAUGCUCAUGGUUGUCCCACCGAUCAGUAUAUUAUGGGUGCUGUUCAGAAAAUGUCUCAGAAUCGUAAAUAUUUGGUUUCUCAAUUUGAUGCCUUCAAAUUCCCCUCUUCGGAUGUUGUGCAAUUCCGUGCUUUGGUUACCCCUUGCAUACCCAGAUGUGAACCAGUUGUGUGCGACAAUGAAGAUGCUGUGAGUGGUGAUUUGAAAUCGUUGGUUUCCUAUGGCCGCAAGAAGAGAUCUAUUGUUAAUGGUACAGAUGCUGCUGAAUUCUUGUUGUCCUCUACCCAUUUGCAUCGCCAGCAACGUGAUGCUAGCCAAAAGCCAGCCGAUGAUAAAAUUUUAUUAACUGAAUCUAUACAGAUCACCGAUAAAUUUGGUUUCAAUCGUGAAGAUGCCAAUGCCUUGAAUUCUGCUGAAACACGUGAAAAGAUUUACUCGGGCAUUACGGAAGAAGCUAUCACUUGUCUCAAUGGUUAUGGUCUCAUUAUUGCUGGUGCUGUAUUCUUAUUGGCACAAUUGUCAGUGUUUGCCAUCUGGAAGACAGUGCAAAAUCGCUCCAAGAAAGAACGUUACUUGUACCACCAAGACUCUGCACCCUCCUCAGUCAACUAUGGUGCCCCACCCACAAUGGUUUACGGUUCAUCACAUCACAAUCAUGCCGCCCACCAGCAACAAGCCUCAGCCAGUGAUACAUUAGGAAAACUCUAUGACAGUGGCAUGACUGGACGUUAUGGUCAACAAUAUUAAUUUAGUAAACCAGAAAACAAAAAUAACGAAUAUAAAAACUAAAACAAAAAC